AAUUCUAGCUUUAACUCCCUCCCCCUGUCUUCUCUGUGUGUGCAAAAACCCCAACCUGGAGCAGACCAGGCAACCAACGGCCGCCGCCACGCAGCACCGAGCCGCAACCAAACCCUAGGCGAGCGAUUCGAGGUGUCGGGCUUUGUGGUGCGGGGAGGGUGGCCGCGCGGAUCAGGCGAUGAAUUACGGGGAGGAGGGUGGCGGCGGCGCCGGAGGAGAGGUGGUGCAGACGGAGGACGCGGUGAAGAUGCUCGUGGAACACCUGGUGAGGCCGGUGCUGCCCGCCGGGGCGCGCGCCGCCGCCGUCACGCCCGAGAUGGAGAAGGCCGUCGCGCAACAGGCUUUUGGGCCGGGCUUGGGACUGGAAAGUGAGGCCCGAGCCCGGCCCGGGAUGUCAGGCUUCGAGCCAGGCCGGGCUACCCAUGCCCAGAUUCACACGGCUGUCAUUCUGUACAAUUACUACCAUAGAAACCUGUCUCCACAGCUUGCUUUUGCUGAUGCCAAACGAUUUUUAUUGUGUGCUUCUCUCUCUGUUGGAGAAGAUCUGUUCUCCUUCUUGAGUAUGGUCAAUGAAAAGAAUCCUGGGGAGGACUUGAGGCCGUCUGUUACUGACAGAGCAGUCAUUGAUGCGUGUGAGAUUGCUGAAGCACUCGAUGCAAGUAUAGAUUUUCCAGACAUGUCAUUGUGGCCAAUAGCGAAAGUUGCUGUGCUUCUUCUCGACCCGACAAGAAAAAAAUGUUUGAUUGAGUUUAGUUCUGAUACCAAAGGUGUCUGGUCAAUCAUAGAGAAGGAAUUUGAUGCAUCAGCUGGUAAUUCCCAUAGCAGCAUGCUUCAGCAACUAGCAUUUACAGAGGUGGAGCGUAGAACAGGUAUGAAGCGCUCAAACUUGCGUCUUCUCGGCGAAGAUUUGACAUACUCAUUGAGUACAAAAAGGACGACUACCAAGUUACUCAUCGUGGAGUAUGGGCAAAACAUGAACAGAGACCUUAUGGAAAUGCCUCUACAAGAAUUGAUUUCCAGUAUGACUGGCCCGUUGUUUGUAAAUGAUCUAUUUCUUGAAACAUCAUCUGUGGUUGAGCACUAUCAUAUUCUCCCAUAUAAGCAGAUUUUGCUUCAACUCCCACAGAGGAAUUGGCCUUCUGAUUCUGCACUAAACGAAAUAGCUGAAAGUGUGGAACAGCAGGAAUCAAAUAGCAAGUCCAAUAUGCAAGAUAGAAAUACAAAAGUGCCAACUCCAAAGCAAACCAAACAAGCAGUAAAAUCAGCUGCCACUAAUAGCAACAACAGCUGCAACUCCAGUAAGCGCAGGAAAAAGAACAAACAGACAUAUGAAGCCGAGACUACCGCUGCUGUCAACAUGAAGGGUCGGGAUGGUGAGAGCCCCCUGAGAGUAAAUGAUUCACUCAUUGUUGUUGAUGUGGAUGCUUCAAAACUGGCAUCUAAGUCUGGAAAUACAAAACCAGCAGAAGCAAGUGCCGGAAAAAACACCCUACAAGCCGGUGUUCAUACGGAACAGAAGCAGUCUAUAGGCGGUGAUGAUAUCACCCCAACUGUCUUCCCUACAAAGGCACCAACUGUUGAUCAUGUAACGAAGAACAUUGCUUUGGAAGGUCAAAACAUGGGAGUUCCAGAAAAGUCAGGAGGCAUCACGGAGAACGAGAAUGAUCAGAUGUUUGAUUCACUACAAUCAAUUAAGAAAAUACGGGAUGAUCUUCUUCACAAGCAAAACAUACUUGCAGAGCGUAGUGCUCAGUGUGACAUGGACAUUCAGACAAUCUUGAGUGAAGGGAAGCUUACACCAACUGUGAUAUCAAUAGUAGACAAAUAUAUGAAAACUAGCUCAAAUAUGGCGGAAGUUGCCAAUUCAUCUUGCUCUGGACGUGGCGAUCAAACCUUGACCACAAAGAGGAUAAAAUUGAAGGAGGCACCCCUCCAACGCAAUAAAUGCCAGGAGCUAGAUGAGAUAUCUCGGAACAGCAAUUGGAUACUUCCUAGAUAUACAGUACUACCUUCAGAAAAUGGAAUGUUUGAUGCCAGUGUACAUCUGAGGGGGCUAGAUUUUGAAAUAAGAACAAAGGGUGGUCAUUGUAAGACCCCUCACGAAGCAAGGAAGUCUGCAGCUGCCAGUAUGAUAGACGAGCUUUUCAAGAAGGCAGAGGAAGAGAAAUCAGAGGAAGAAUAACAACGAUAAGCAGAGUUCCCUAUUUGUCAGGUGGCUGAAAAAAAGAACUGCGGAAGUCUUGUUAGUGCUACAUUGAACCAAUCGUCCCGAGAAAGAUAAUUGUUGUUUUGCGUAGUU